AUGGAUGAUAAUGUGCGUGUGAAGUGGACAAACGAACUUACCAAACGGUUUCUAGAGACUUGUAUAGAAGAGGUCCAUAAAGUGGGUCGAAAUGGAGGUAGUCUUCGCAAGGAGACUUGGGUGAAAGUGGAAAUCAAACUUGAGGAAGUUUGCCAUGUAAAACUCACCCAGAAACAACUGAAAAACCAAUAUGAUUAUUUGAAGGGAAAGUAUUCGAGAUGGGUGUACCUAAGGAAUAAAACAGGGAAUAUUUAUGACCCUGAAAUGAAUACGUUCAUCCUAACUAAUCAAGAAUGGGAAGAUUUCUUUAAGGGACAUCCAAAGGCACGAACAUUAAAGACUGCACCAUUGAUAUACCCUGAUUUGUGUAUAGCUUUGUUUGAGGGGACUUCUGCUACCGGAUCUCGUGCCUAUGCCCCUAGUUCAACCCGUGAGAGGACUACGAUUUCAUCUUCAUCAUUUACAUCCAAUAUCCCUACUACUCAAGAAAUAUAUGGUAGUUUACAAAUGGUUUAA